AUGAAAGGUGUCCUGUUCUUCCUGCUGUUUGCAGAUAACCAUGAAAGAGAAUACAAUGCCAUCCCACGCUAUCCCACCACACUCACCGCACGACAUAAAACUCAACACGGAUCUCCUCAGCACGGCACUGGGCAUCGGGAGGAGCCACCACCCACCACCGCCAAUGCUAUCCCUCCCAUCCCUCCCAUCUUUUUAACAAACACCACCCCACCCACCCCACUCACCGCACAACAUAGAACUCAACACGGAUCUCCUCAGCACGGCACUGGGCAUCGGGAGGAGCCACCACCCACCACCGCCAAUGCUAUCCCUCCCAUCCCUCCCAUCUUUUUAACAAACACCACCCCACCCACCCCACUCACCGCACAACAUAGAACUCAACACGGAUCUCCUCAGCACGGCACUGGGCAUCGGGAGGAGCCACCACCCACCACCGCCAAUGCUAUCCCUCCCAUCCCUCCCAUCUUUUUAACAAACACCACCCCACCCACCCCACUCACCGCACAACAUAGAACUCAACACGGAUCUCCUCAGCACGGCACUGGGCAUCGGGAGGAGCCACCACCCACCACCGCCAAUGCUAUCCCUCCCAUCCCUCCCAUCUUUUUAACAAACACCACCCCACCCACCCCACUCACCGCACAACAUAGAACUCAACACGGAUCUCCUCAGCACGGCACUGGGCAUCGGGAGGAGCCACCACCCACCACCGCCAAUGCUAUCCCUCCCAUCCCUCCCAUCUUUUUAACAAACACCACCCCACCCACCCCACUCACCGCACGACAUAAAACUCAACACGGAUCUCCUCAGCACGGCACUGGGCAUCGGGAGGAGCCACCACCCACCACCGCCAAUGCUAUCCCUCCCAUCCCUCCCAUCUUUUUAACAAACACCACCCCACCCACCCCACUCACCGCACAACAUAGAACUCAACACGGAUCUCCUCAGCACGGCACUGGGCAUCGGGAGGAGCCACCACCCACCACCGCCAAUGCUAUCCCUCCCAUCCCUCCCAUCUUUUUAACAAACACCACCCCACCCACCCCACUCACCGCACAACAUAGAACUCAACACGGAUCUCCUCAGCACGGCACUGGGCAUCGGGAGGAGCCACCACCCACCACCGCCAAUGCUAUCCCUCCCAUCCCUCCCAUCUUUUUAACAAACACCACCCCACCCACCCCACUCACCGCACAACAUAGAACUCAACACGGAUCUCCUCAGCACGGCACUGGGCAUCGGGAGGAGCCACCACCCACCACCGCCAAUGCUAUCCCUCCCAUCCCUCCCAUCUUUUUAACAAACACCACCCCACCCACCCCACUCACCGCACAACAUAGAACUCAACACGGAUCUCCUCAGCACGGCACUGGGCAUCGGGAGGAGCCACCACCCACCACCGCCAAUGCUAUCCCUCCCAUCCCUCCCAUCUUUUUAACAAACACCACCCCACCCACCCCACUCACCGCACGACAUAAAACUCAACACGGAUCUCCUCAGCACGGCACUGGGCAUCGGGAGGAGCCACCACCCACCACCGCCAAUGCUAUCCCUCCCAUCCCUCCCAUCUUUUUAACAAACACCACCCCACCCACCCCACUCACCGCACAACAUAGAACUCAACACGGAUCUCCUCAGCACGGCACUGGGCAUCGGGAGGAGCCACCACCCACCACCGCCAAUGCUAUCCCUCCCAUCCCUCCCAUCUUUUUAACAAACACCACCCCACCCACCCCACUCACCGCACAACAUAGAACUCAACACGGAUCUCCUCAGCACGGCACUGGGCAUCGGGAGGAGCCACCACCCACCACCGCCAAUGCUAUCCCUCCCAUCCCUCCCAUCUUUUUAACAAACACCACCCCACCCACCCCACUCACCGCACAACAUAGAACUCAACACGGAUCUCCUCAGCACGGCACUGGGCAUCGGGAGGAGCCACCACCCACCACGGCCUCCCAUCCCAACUCCUGCCCCUACCCCUGCCGCCAUCCCUGCCCAUACGCCUGCACCUGCCCCUGCCCCCACACUCCCACCGCCCCCUGCUAUUGCCACUGGAUCCCUCAUACCCAGUCCUCCAGGGGACACAGCACCGGACCCGCCUCUGCUACCACUGCCACUGGUAGCAACAGUGCCACCACUCACUGCACCACUCACCACAACACCAACCCCACUGACCGCCCCACCACCAACCCCACUGACCGCCCCACCACCAACCUCACUGACCGCCCCACCACCAACCCCAACACUCGCCCCGACGCUCUAGGAGGAGAUGGGGGGGCAUUCGCAAUGGCGUUAGCAGCAGCAACAGCAGCUAUCGUAGACGGGGAAAGAAUAGCAGCAGGACCGUACUCCACUCCCCCCAUACCCCCCGUACCUCCCAGAACCCCUGCAUCCCCCAAUCCACCCCAUCCUACCCCUUCUCUACCUUGCACCAUCACCUCCGCCUCUCCCCCCUCUCUUCCCUCCUCCCCACCUCCUCUGACCAUCUCAAACUCUCGCUUCCCAUCCCCCACCAUGGGACCUGCUGACGUGGAUGCUCGAAUUGGCAUGGCCACGUCAGCACCGAUUAUAUUACUCCGCAUGUUAGCUGCACCAAUAGAAGGGCUGGAGGAGCCUGGGCCCAUCGACACGGGUAGCUCCUCCUGGCCUCCGUCCGAACCUAGAUGUUGA